UGCGCACAACACGAGCAACAGCAUACAGCACAUAUGCACCAGAAAACGUCGCAUUCUCAGUGUGUUCUGCUGAUUUAAUGUCGGAAAUGUGUGUUAGACGCACUAAACUAAUUCAGUCUUUCAUUUGAUGCCGGUUCGAUGUCUUUUGCGUCCUUAAAUCCAGAUUAAACCUCCGGCUCAUCGUCAUCAUCACAGUAGAUUACAGUAAUGCUCCAGAACUCAUGAUCAGAAUGUGGAUUCAUAGACUUUGAGUCUUUUCCGAAAGCUGGACCACACAAGGACCACGGCUUUAGGGUUGUCUGACUCUCACUAAAUGAAUAGAGAUUCUCCUUUGCAUAUCUCAGAUCAACCCACUCUGGUUCAUGUAUUGUGGAUUAUUCUUCUGAAGUGAAGAGGAGUUACUUCUGUGACCAUGAUUACUGCCAGAGCUGGAAUACUAGAGACUAAUCUCGUUUAUUUGGGCAAACUCAAUUACUGUGACGAAUCCCUCAUGUGAAUGGAACAGCCUGCAAUUCAUUUUGCUGCAGGACUUGUGUAGAACUCAACAACGCUCUGUGCAGUUUAGAUUGUGUAUUCACAAGAAAACACAAUUACUGGUUUCCAAGACAGAUGUAUCAGAAAAAUUCAGCCCAUCUUUGAAAACACAAUGUCUUUCCACUAAGGAGCAGUAUCUCUUUUAUAUUUAGAUAAAACCCCAUUGUGCCUCCUGCUGGUGUGGAGUUGAUAUGGCUCGACCCGGCUCUGGUGUUCUGGUGUCGAUGGGGGCGGGACUGGGCUAUUCGUCUCAGAGCAUGGCCCGUGUGGUGGUCUGGGAAUGGUUGAAUGAACACAGUCACUGGAGGCCGUACAGCGCCGCCAUCUGUCAUCACAUCGAAAACAUUCUAAAGGGCGACGCGAGAGGAACCGUCAUACUGGGGCAAGUGGAUCCACAGCUGGCGCCCUACGUGAUAGACCUGCAGUCCAUGCAUCAGUUCAGACAGGACACAGGCAUGAUGCGACCCGUGCAGCGCAAUUUCUACGACCCAUCGUCUGCGCCGGGCAAGGGCAUCGUAUGGGAGUGGGAAAACGAUUGUGGAUCUUGGACGGCAUAUGACAUGGAAUUGUGCGUUAGCAUCCAGAAUGCAUACGAGAAGCAGCACCCGUGGCUCGACCUGAGCUCGCUCGGCUUCAGCUAUCUGGUAGACUUUGACGGAAUGUCGCAGACCAACCGGCAGAGCCAGAGAAAACGACGAAUCCGCAGGCGAAUGGACCUCGCAUACCCACUCAUCGCUGGAUCCAUCCCUAAAUCGCAGUCCUGGCCUGUGGGCACCAACUCGGGCACCCCUUGCACGUGCCAGCAAUGUCUGCUGGUGCACAGCACACGAGUGGCAUCCAAUGCCAUACUGGCCCUGCAGCAGAGGAGGAAGUUGUACGGGACGGAGGGUGGAGCCAAUCAGGACACCGCUGCCGUGAGACAGAGCAACACCUUCGCUGGCACUUCCCUCUGUUCGCCAACGACGACUGUUGCCAGAGGUCACCAUAACAACAUAUCAAUAGGUGGAGGAGGGGGUGGGAAAGUUGAGAUGAAUGGGGUAAAUUUCCCACGCAUCCCUGCUCUGGUCACCCUGCCAGCCAAGCAUGCACUUACUAUUAACGGACAGAAUAAUCUGAACCGCCCAGGAAUGCAACGCAUCACGGUGACACCGAGCCGAGGAACCAUCCCACCUGGGGUGCCUGCACUUCCUGUGAAAAAUCUCACAGGGUCUGGACCGGUCCACCCGGCGUUUGCAGGAAUGACAGGUAUCCUCAUGUGUGCCGCGGGACUCCCCGUGUGUUUGACCCGGGCUCCUAAACCCAUCCUGCAUCCGCCACCCGUCAGUAAGAGUGACCUGAAACCCGUGCCGGGAAUCAAUGGCAUCUGCCGCAAGACCAAGAAAAAACACCUUCGUAAGGGUAAAAACCCAGAGGAUGUGGUCCAACGCUACACAGAGAAAAUCAAAUCGGCUCCAGAUGAGGACUGCACCAUCUGUAUGGAGAGACUUGCCGCAGCAUCCGGAUAUGAUGGAGUUCUGACUUAUAAAGGCAUCAAGUCGGAGCUGAUCGGCAAGCUGGGCAAGUGUGGCCACAUUUACCAUCUUCUGUGUCUCAUCGCCAUGUACAGCAACGGCAAUAAAGAUGGCAGUCUGCAGUGUCCCACCUGUAAGGCCAUCUAUGGUGAGAAGACAGGCACACAGCCUCCUGGGAAGAUGGAAUACCACAUUAUUCCUCACUGUUUACCUGGAUACUCCGAUACCAAGACUAUACGCAUCGUCUAUGACAUUCCCGCUGGAAUACAGAUGAAGGAGCAUCCCAAUCCAGGAAAGAAGUUCAGUGCACGCGGGUUUCCACGUCACUGCUACCUGCCUGACAACGAGAAAGGCCGAAAGGUGUUGAAGUUGCUGAUCACAGCGUGGGAUCGUCGUUUGAUCUUCACCAUCGGGACGUCCAGCACCACCAGCGAGACCGACACAGUCGUGUGGAACGAGAUCCAUCAUAAAACCGAGUUCGGCUCCAACCUCACGGGCCAUGGUUACCCCGACCCAAACUACCUGGACAAUGCCAUGAGGGAACUGGCUGCUCAGGGUGUGGGCGAAGACAACCUGAAGGACUGAGGCGUCGUUCUGGCAACAACAGCACACACACAUUCUGCCCUCGUCUGAGGAGUUUUUGACCACCGAGUGACCUUUGACCUUUCUCCAGCGGCUUUAACGGAGAAUGAAGGUCCCCGCUGACCCAGAGCUGGACCGUGAGCUGAGGAAAGAAAGAAAACUCUUUCUGAUUCGCUGUCUUUGCUUUCUCUCUUUCUUUGAUGGCUACCCAGAAUCCUUCUGGCCGUUGACCAGUGCAUGAGGUAGAUUUAUGCACACACACAUAAUGAGGCUUUUCAAUUGACGUGAUAUGGGUUUUCAAAGACCGAUGCCUCUAGAGAGCAGAGUAGCUGUUAUAACGCCCCUUUAGAUAGAAUACAGAUUAAUGACAGAGUUCAUUGCACUCGUUUCGACCACUUUAAAUUUAGUUACCGAUAUAGUAACUCAUAAGAAGUCAUAAACCAAGAUGUUGUAAUAACAGAAUCGAUUUAGUUAAUUGUACACAAUUUUUACAGAAAAUUAGCUUGUUAAUGACACACUUAUUUGUUGAUGCAUAUAUGGGUGUGUCUGACAUAUCUGUUACUCUAACGGACAACAUGGAGAACUUUUGUUUCCAUGGUGAUUGUUUUCGAGGUUUUGUUCAAGAGCAUCAAUAGUUCUAGAUCACUCUCAAACAAGAAAGGGAUAUUUUCAUGAUGUUUCGUGCCUGAAUCUUUUGACCCAUUCAGAGCGAGAGUAUGUAUCGUGCUUAGUGUGUAACUAAUUAUAGGAGAAAGACUUUCGUUUUUGGUGUCUUUUAGAUUGAAUCAGUACGCAGCUGUUUUGGGGCUGUUUUUGCAGCGGCUGCAUAAAAUAUCUGCACUUCAAAGCGUUCAGAUCUUCGGCUCUUGUGCUACUUUUGAUCAUCAGACCAAUUAGUGGAUUUCAGAGGAAUCGCUUAUUUUCUGAUGAGGUGUAAUGAGGAAUCUUCUGUAGCUACAUUUCAGCUCAUUCGUGUUUCGAAUGAAUUCUAUGAUUAGGAUGUCUUCUUGAAAUAUGCAAUGAUUUAUAUUCUUUAUCGCUUUGUUUCUCUUUUGUGUCAUUGAUCAGACAGUGUCGGUUUCUGAUAGCAAACGUUCUUUCCGUUCAGAAGAACCGGUUCCUUUGUAGUUCAUUGGCUAUGUUCGGAUUGGAAUACUAGUGUACUACACACUGAAUACUGUGCUGUAUGCUGUAAAAAAAUAGUAAGUAAAACUGUAUGCAUUAUGCAAUUAUAAAUGUUUUAAACCAUAGAAUGCUACAUUGUUGUCACAUGAUGUUAUCAUGUUGCAUGUAAGUGGCAUCCAGUUAUCAUUUUGGGUGAAUUUAACGUUCAGUUUUGUGCUCAAAUGUCUUUUAUCUGUUUGAUCAAAUAAUGAGUCCAAAUUCCAGUUCAUGUGUCACUGGAAAUUGAAGGUAAAGUUGAGCACAUUGCAUUGUGUGAUACAACAGUGUGAUCUGUUGUAUGCUGUAUAUGUGUCAUCUGGGUAUUCCAUGCAUACAGACUAUUUGCAUACUGUGCACCGUAUAUACAUUGCAAAACAUACUUUUCUUAAUCAGUAUUUUUGUCUUGUUUUCCAGUAAUAUUUCUAAACAUCCUUAAAACAAGCUAAAAUUUACUUGAGAAGCUGAUUUGCAUGAGAUCUUAAGAAGAUAUAUCUUCAGUUGACUUUUUUUCUUUCUCUCACCUCCUUGGCAAAUUUCAUAAAAUCUGAUAAAAUGUUAUAAGAUUUAUGCUUAAAAAACGAUUCGCCAAUGGGUUAAGAAAAACACAUUUACAAGUGUCUUAAUAGCUUACACAAUUGACCUUUUUAAAGGAAUAUUCCGGGUUCAAUACAGGUGAAGCUCAGUCGACAGCAUUUGUGACAUAAUGUUGAUUACCACAAAAAAUUAAU